AGAAUAUUACAUUAUCAACUUGUUCACAGCUCUCCCUCUCUCUCUCUCUCUUCAACAUCAUAUCCCUUCCAUUUCAGCCUUCUCUCUCUCUCUUGUUGGUUGCGUAUGGAAUAGAGCUGUUUUAUAUAUUACAAGUCAGUCAGCGAAUUCCUCUCUAACUCUCUCUCUUUCUAAAGGACAAUUUUAUUCUGUUGUUCAAUUUCCAACUUGGUGAACUAGGUUUGGUUUCUUGAAGAAGUAGUACAAUAACCUUAAAUCAAGAGUGCAUGUUGUUUGCUUGUGUUUGGUGCAAAUGUGACAGCGGUGGUGGUGUCGAGUAGUAUGUGCAGCCACUACUUGUUGAAGAAGAAGAAGAAGAGGAAGAUGGAGAAUUACCAGGGCGAUUUAACCGACAUAAUCAGAGCCACCGGCGGAGCAGAAACCCCCGCCGCCGCACCGGACUGGCACUUCCCCGCCAACCCGAUCACCUUCUCCACCAACCCGGCCGACGAUUUCGGUGAUCCCUUUGCGCACCUCAGAGAUCCGCUGAUCCAUAUCGAUGCACCGCCGCCGCUGCCAGGGUUCUUCCAUGGCUCCGACGUCAUCAAACCUAGUAGCGUCGAUGACAGCAAUCUAGGUCAUAAAAUUAUUGAUGAUGAGAUGAAGAGACCUCCGAAUAUCUUCUCGAGGAUGCUGCAGAUAUCUCCCUCGCCAAAGCUACCGCUGCCGCUGCCGCUACCCUGCGAUUCUCCUGUCGCAGUUGCUCCGACAGGAUUAAAAGGUGUUGCUCCGAUGUUAGUGCCAAAUGAUCAUACCUUAAUUUCUCCGAGCAACUCCAGAGGUUGCUUGAUGGAGAGCAGUCUGCAGAUCUCAUCUCCGCGAAAUACGGGCAUCAGAAGAAGAAAAAGUCAGGCGAAGAAAGUGGUUUGCAUACCGGCUCCAGCGCCUGCCAACAGCAGGCCCAGCGGUGAAAUCGUGCCCUCGGAUCUGUGGGCGUGGAGAAAAUACGGACAAAAACCUAUUAAGGGUUCGCCUUAUCCCAGGGGUUAUUACAGAUGUAGUAGUUCAAAGGGAUGUUCGGCGAGGAAACAAGUGGAGCGGAGCCGAACCGACCCGAAUAUGUUGGUGAUCACUUACACGUCGGAGCACAACCAUCCAUGGCCCACUCAGCGCAACGCCCUCGCCGGCUCCACGCGAUCUCAGCCGUCCAAGAAAUACCCGAAAGAGGAGCAGAAGGAGAGCGCCGUGAAAGAGGAGGUUGACAACAAUGAGCAGAGCUACAAGCCCGCCUUGCCGGAAUCCCAAGACAGCUUCUUCGCCGAGAUCGAGGCCGAUUCCUUAGACAUGCUGUUCACGCAAGGAUUCGAUGAUCGUGACACCAAGGCUUUGGAUCCCUUCGGAUUCUAUGAUUGGGGCCACGAUCACACGGAUUCGUGACACUCCCAUGCAUCAUUUGUGAGUCUCAUUUUUAUUAUUUUUACUUAGCCCAUUUCAUUAACUUUUACCCUAGCUAGAUUAUGAAAAUAUAUGAUGCAAAGAAAGAGGGUUUUACAAUAAUUAAUUAAAAAAGAGAGAGUGCUGCUUAAUUGGGAGCAGUUUGGUAUAUUGGUGGAUGGGACAGAAAGCUGAGGAACAGAAGGUUUUCAACAGUUGAAAAAAGUAUAUUUAUCAGACAUGACAGGAUAGCUCAAUGAAGGGAUUAUGAUGUGGGAUGGGACUCCAAUUUUACAAGUGGGAUUCAUUAAUAUUCGCUAUAUUAAUAUAUACUCCAUAUAAUAUGUAUAUGGGUGGCUCUUUAUCAAUUACUAUUACACUUGAAAUUGGGGAAAAUGUGCUGUGAAAAUUUGGUCAUUAAUUAUACUCCUAUCUUGGUACUGUAAUGUAACCAUGAGAUACAAAACUUUGAGUUCCUCCGCUUUCUGUUCUUUGAUCUUCAUUGUUGUACUCGUUAAUUUAAGUAUAUUUGUUCUUA